AUGAUAUAUAAAUUAAUGACUAUUUGUGUGUUAAUUGCAGAGUUGACGACUACGGUGAUAGGUGUGACGGGUGGAAAGGUGGCCCUCCCGUGCAACAUAACUCCCCCCUCGUAUGACGACGCCGUCUCUCUAAUCCUUUGGUACAAAGACGAGUCCACAACACCUAUCUAUAGUCUGGACGCGAGGAAAGGCAACUUAGAUCAGGCGAGACACGCGUCUGAAGAUACCCUGAUAUCGCGAUCGUAUAUGAAUACCAUUCAAAGACCGGCACAUUUGAUGGUAGAGUUGCUGUCGACAGAAGAUGCCGGCGAAUACCGGUGUCGCGUAGACUUCAGGAAAGCCAGGACUAGAAACUCGGUUAUCUUUCUUGAAAUUAUCGUUCCACCCGAGAAACCAGUGAUUAUGGACCCCAAUGGGGAACCGCAGCCCUCACUCAUCGGGCCCUACAAUGAAGGCGAUCGACUCGUACUGGUGUGCGAAGUCGAGGGCGGAAAGCCCACCCCAUCCCUGACCUGGUGGCGGGAGUCUGUACUACUCGACGAUAGCUAUGAGAUGAUAGGGAACGGAGGGUCGGUUCGCAACGAACUCGAGAUACAGUCGCUUCAACGGCACGACCUGAUGGCUGUGUUCACAUGUCAGGCCUCUAAUAAUAACAUAUCAAUGCCUACCUAUUCGGCCGUCAGUGUCGACCUCAAC